AUGAGUGUCAAUAACAUUGAUGUUGACAUGCAACAUCCUGAGUUUCAGCAAGAAGACAUACAAACAUCUCAUGACACGGAUUUAUUUGGUGAUGACGAAGACAAUGAUAAUGGUGCUGGCAACUUCAUGGAUGCUCUCAGUCAGCCUCCCGCCAGUGUACCGCAACUUGAAAAGAGGGCCAGAGAUGAAGUGAUAUCUGGGAAGCAUUGCUUUCGUGAAGUCAACUAUUCGCAGAUACUUCACCAGACUGUGUAUGAACAACAAGAACGUAUUAACAACAUUAUAGAGGAAACUGAAGUGAUACACCGAGAAGCUCAAGACCACAUUGAGGAGCAAUGA